CUGCUGGGUAGCCUCCCAACGUCCUUGUCCCACCAAGCGCGCACCGAUUGGCUUCACACUAGGGCUUGGGGAUCUCUGUCAUUCUCUUGUGCUUGAAUAAAAUCAAACUUUCAGAUAUGAUGGCAGCAAGGUUUCUCCGUCGUGCUUUCCCUGUGCUGAGGCACGCGCGUUCCUACGCCGAGGCCGCCUCCGGCGCCCCGCAGAUGUCCUUCACUUUCGCCUCUCCUACACAGGUGUUUUUCAAAGAGGCCAGUGUGAAACAGGUUGAUGUACCUACACUUACCGGUGCGUUCGGUAUCCUUCCUGCCCACGUACCAACUCUGCAGGUGCUCAGGCCCGGCAUUGUCACAGUCUUUAAUGAUGACGGCUCCUCUGUUAAAUACUUCGUGAGCAGUGGGUCAGUAACAGUCAACGCUGAUUCUUCAGUACAACUGCUUGCAGAGGAGGCUGUUCCCCUCGACCAGUUGGACAUUGCAGCAGCCAAGGCCAACCUGGAGAAGGCCCAAUCUGAAUUGGCCGGUGCAGCUGGUGAGGCAGCGAGAGCAGAGGUUCAGGUCAGCAUAGAGGCAAACGAGGCCAUCGUCAAGGCGCUGGAGUAGACCCACGGUAAUCUUUUCUGUUGCUUUGAUGGAAAAACAACUGUUCCUCUGAUAUUCCAGCCCAGUCCCGUCAACGUCCAGAGGAUUCCCAUCUUUCUUUGUACAGUGGAUGAAAUUAAAAAUAAAUUUAUUUGGAAUUAA